GCGGGUGACUCGCUCGCUCACAGCCUGCAGGCAAUGCUCUCGCGUGGGGUUUGCUUGACAUUCGCAUAAAUACAGUGAGCAAGGGCAGCGUCUGUCCACUGUCCUAGGAUCGCUAUUGUUGCUAUGAACAUGGCUGCUGCAAUUCAGAACCCUCUCACUCUUCCCACCCUCCUCGACCCUCUGUCCUGGCAGUUGCCAGGAUGGAAUGAACCUCUUACUUCACAUGAACUAGAGUCACACCCGGACGACAGUACUUUGGACAAGUUGGAUUCGUCUCUGGCACUGCUGUCGAGAUACAGAAAUAGCCUCAGACCAUUCAAUCGACUAUCAUCGGACAUUCUUGUUUUGAUUUUCAGCGAGCUGGUGGCUGGACAUGCGGACCCAUACGAUGUGAAGUUCGGGUCCUAUCCAUGGAUGGGUGUCGCUCAAGUGUGUCAUUUCUGGAGACAAGUCGCAUUGACGACACCUAUUCUAUGGACGCAUCUCAGUACCCGCUACUGCACGGCUGCACUAGCCUGUAUAGAGCGGUCUGCGGAGGCCGCGUUGUCUCUCUACAUUUGCGAGAGUUCGAAGGAUGAGAAGAUUUCCCAAGUCCUUUCGGCCGUCCAACCUCAUAUAGCGCGCUUGCGGCACCUAUACGUCCCUUCGAACAUGCUGAAAGACGAUAACGACCAUAUUCACCAAGUACUGCAACCUCUCGUUAACUCUACUGCGCCAGCACUGGAGACGUUCGAGACUAUCAAAAUUCGUGCUAACGCAGGUUGGAUACCAAUGCCCGCGCUAUUCACUGGGAGUACCCCAAGCCUGACACGCCUUAAAGUCCAUUUUAUGCUCCCACAGCUUCGCAGCGUAACGUUUGGGAAGCUUCAGGUCCUCUCGUUCACAGGGAGGAAGCAUACACCUAUAACGCUCCCUGCAUCCGAGCUCCUUGAUAUUCUGGAGGCCUGUCCAUUACUCCAAUCUCUCAAAACCGAGAAAGUCAAUUUCACGCCGGCUCGUGACAACGAGUCACGGAAAAUCCCACUAGAUCAUCUUCAGGUGUUGCAACUCGGUCGCACCAAAGCAUCAGCGGUUGCCGAUAUCAUGAAGCGGCUCAUCAUUCCAGGAUGCGCCAUUCGACUAAAGGUCCACUUUGACCGUUAUGAGGAUAAUAAGUUCUAUAUGGGUAUUCCGUUACCCCAUGAACUCGAACUCAACCAUCCCCUGCGAGAUAUUCGGAAAUUCUAUGUCCAGUUCAUGAACGGCUACGAGGGUGUCGAAAUCUUUGGAUCGACUGCCCAUCAUCCCUUCCAUAUCCACGGCUUCGUCGAGCAGGAUACUCUCUCCAACCUCGGAGACAUGGAUACUAUCGCGGGGACAGUAUUCCAGAGCAUCAUCAAGGCAUUCGACUUGGAGGCUGUGGAAGACUUCGCUAUGACGGAGUAUCGCAAUAACUAUCGCUGGACGGGUCUCAACAAGAAGAAUUGGAUGGACACUUUCAGACGGAUGCCGAAGUUGAAGGUGUUCCGUUUGACAUCAGACGGAAGCUACGAUGAAGGAUACUCUCGUGCCAUUCUCGCUGCCCUGUCGGAGCGCGAUGAGCGGACGGGCAACUUGUUCUGCCCGCAGUUGGAUGCCAUAGACGUGAAUGGCGACAAGACCUGGUCAUCCUUGCAGUGCUACAUAAUCGCGAAGGACAGGUUGGAAAAUGGUCAUCCUUUGAAGAGAGUUUCAAUGCGACUGGGCCAUUACGCCAGUUUCUCUGACUCUGCUGAUACUGAUCUUCCACGCCUUCGCGAAUACGUGGAACAAGUCGAUCUGGAGCCUCAAGAUAUAGAGCUCCCGCCUUUCCCAAAGUCACCGUGAAAAAUCCUUGUAGCACGAACACCUCACGACUCAGCCACGAUAAAAUAUAUCCCUGCUCAUGUACCGUUAGUUAUAUCUGACCGGCUCCAUAUAUCCUGUAUGCUAAACAACGGAAUACCGAUGUAUCAGUAGUGUAAAACAAUCUACCUCUAUAUAUUUUUGACUCAAAGCACGGUCAGCACUUUCCCUAGCA